GGGACGGGACAGGCCACUCAAAGGCGGCUAGGCUAGCUCUGACUUCGGGGUAUAUUUAGCUCAUUGCAUUAUCGGAUCAGCUUCUACCUAGCACUAACGCAAAAACGAGGAAAGUACGCGUAUUUUAUGCUUUUCUCGUCGUUAUUUAGGUAGCAAUUGUUAAGACUAUUGUUUCCAGAUAGUUUUGAAGAUGUCUUCAGACGAAGACAGGGCCAAGGAGAUACUGAAAGGCUUCAAACUAAACUGGAUGAACCUGCGAGAUGCGGAGACUGGCAAAGUGCUGUGGCAAGGGACUGAGGACCUGUCUGUGCCCGGGGUGGAGCAUGAAGCUCGAGUGCCCAAGAAGAUCCUCAAGUGCAAAGCCGUGUCCCGAGAACUCAACUUCUCCUCCUCCGAGAAACUGGAGAAAUUCAGGCUGGAGCAGAAGGUCUUCUUUAAAGGACAGUGUCUAGAAGAAUGGUUCUUCGAGUUUGGCUUUGUCAUUCCAAACUCCACCAACACAUGGCAGUCAUUGAUCGAGGCGGCGCCCGAGUCACAGAUGAUGCCCGCUAAUGUUUUAACGGGGAAUGUCAUAAUUGAGACCAAGUUCUUUGACGACGACCUCCACGUGAGCACCUCGAGAGUGCGCCUGUUCUACGUGUGACCGGGCCCCCAGCCAAGGGCCCCUGGCCGAGGAGCGCCACAGGCCCUCACAGGACUCUUGACCGUUUAAACUCAGGGGAGCGCCUCAUGAUUCCUGUGUGUCACUGCUUAGUCUGUCUUAGCUGUGUGACUGCAGCUGCACAUGGACUACCUGUUCACCACUUCACCUGGGCCCCUUCUCAAAAUGGACACGUUCAUCUGACAUUUGGGGUGCAUCCCAUUUCUGCUCACUUGCCUCCUCACAGCCUUCUUUCUUCAGUUAUCAUAAACAAUGUAUUCUGCCCUUCCCCUGUCUCUCCUCUAUGACCCGGUCUCCUUUUCUAUGACCCAGUCUCCUCUGCCCCUGUUUCUUCAGUGGAUGACAGACAGCUGUGGUACUGAGGCUGUGAAGAGGUGAGUAAACAGAAAUGGGACAUGGCCUCAGUUCGCUGUCACUGCUUUGUGCAUUUACAUUAGUACUAACUGGUUUUGGUUGUGUUUAGAACAAGUUGUGUGGAUCUCCAGAGCAGCAGCCGGAGCAUAGGGUUAGCUGACAGAUGGAUAGUCCGGCGUUUGGACUCCAGGACAAAGCUUAGACGUUGGGAUUUGAUGCUUUUUGUUGAGUGCAGUUGCUUUCUCUUUCUAUUGAUACUUUGGAGCUGACGUUAUCAACAUUCCCGGGGGUGUGACGGUAACUGUAGACACUGCCCUGUCUGAAGCUCUAUUAGACUUUAUUUUAACAUAAUCUGACUAUAAAGAACUGAUUUAAAUGGAACUGGUGAUUUGUACUGUUAAGCGUCUCGCAGCAACAGUUUUUCACUCAACAUUUUUGUUGAAAUCCAGACUCCUGAAAAUGUGCUCUUCAAAUUCAUUGUGUUUUCAAACAAUCUUUACAUUUUGACAGUGUUUACAACUGUGUGUCUUCAUAGUAACUGCUGAACAUUCCAUCAUAGAGAUCCAUGUAGAACACCCCCAGCAUAAUGUCAUUGCAAAGUAUCAAUUGGUUGUCUUCCAAAUGGUCGUGAAUGUAGGAUCUGUGUGAGCGGUCACUGCUGGACUAGCCCUGUGUCUGACCCGCACCUGUCUCACUGUAACAUAUGUAAAGGUGGCUCUUUUAUAUGUUCUAGUUAUUAUGUCCAAGCAUUUUUAGCCAACUGUGUAUAAUAUGCUCGCAUCCAUUGUUGUUUAUAGGUUGUGAAAUAAAAUAUGAAGUAUGUAAAA